AUGCUUGAUUAAUAAUGUUAGUAUUUCACAUCUGAACAAUCUCAUCAAUAUCUUUGUUAAAGAAGAGAGAAUCGUCUAUAUCCAAAACAAUAUAGAGCAAAAAAUAGACUUUUAAAUUAACUAUUAGAUAGGAUUGAAAUAAAGCCUAUGCCUUUUUAAAUAAUGUCUAUUAGUAAUAUGGGCGAUGUUAGUAAGGGUUAUACAGAGAGUGAUAUAAUUUAAGAAAAUAUAAAGGUACUUAUUGAUUAAGAACAUAUUCAAUUUCCACAUAAUGAAUUAUUAGAAAAAGCUAAACAUUGUUGUAACUUAUUAGAAUGCUCAAAGGAAGAGAUUUAGGAUGUUGAAGGAUUAUCAUUAUUAUUUAGUUAAAUUUUACAAAUAUUGUAGUAAUCUAAAUAAAAAAACUUGUAUUUCAUAAAUUCACACAAUUUGUAGGAUGAAAAUAAAUAAAGAAAGUUAAUUUAUAAUCCUGAAGCUUUAAAUAAUUUAAUAAAAAAACUUAGAUCAGGCAAAAUAUAAUCUCAAACAAAAUCCUUAUUUAGAUCAAGAAUUUAAACAUAAUCAAUUGGAAAAUAGAUCUAAAAGACUGAAUUGAAUGAAUAAUUAAGUGUUUAAGCUUUAAAUUUAUUGAAAUAAUUAAAGAAGAAGUAAUUGAAUAAAUGA